AUGUCGCACAGGAUCCUGGUCACCGGCGCGUCGGGCUACCUCGGUGGAAGUCUGCUGGCUCGCUGGACGAGUGCUAACCUUCCGGCAUACGACCGACUAUACGCGCUCGUUCGAACAGACGAACAGGCGGAUGCUGUGAAGAAAUACUCCGCCGAGCCGAUUCGGUUUGACGUCAAGGACGAGGCUGCAGUCCGCGCUGCCAUCGUCGACAACAAGAUCACGAUCGUUUACUUCCUGAUCGACGCUCUUUGGGGGAAGCAUCAGAGUUAUUUCAUCAAGGCGCUUGCCGAGGUCAAGAAAAGUACUGGAUCGGACGUCCAUUUUCUGCAUACCAGCGGAGCCAAGAUCUUUUCCAGCCAUGCGGGUGCGCCGACGGAUCGGCCUCUUUACGAUACAGAGGAGGAUCUGUAUGACAUCCAGAAGGCGCAGAAGCCGGUAAUACCCCUGUUGCAAUCGGCGAUUGAUGCGAACAAUUCGGUCAUCGAGCAAGGCGAGGCCUAUGGUGCGCGGACAUACAUCUUUGUGCCUUGUAUUGUUUACGGUAAAGGUGAGGGUUUCGGGAACCCGAUCUCCAUUCAGACGGCCGCCACUAUCAAAGCGGCGAUCAAUGCGAGACGCGUAUAUAGCGUGGACGAUGGACGACCGGAAUGGCCUGUGUGCCACGUGAUAGACAAUUCGACCCUCUACCUUGAAAUGCUACGGGCCAUAUUGGACGGCAAGAACCCAGGCAGUGGGAAGCAAGGCUAUUAUCUCGCCUCGUCCGGCAGCGUGGCAUGGCUCGACUUCUAUGAAGCGAUUGCCGCGGGUUUGGCUAAACGAGGGCUCGUCGAUGAACCCACGGUGGAACAGGCCUCAGAAGCAGCGCUGGAAAAGAUGGGCGCUGCUUUGGGAUGUCCCAAGGAGCUUGUCGCUUUGAAUCUGGGAGGGAAUUGCACUUUCACAGCAAAACACGGUGAACAGAUCGGAUGGAAGCCGCAAUACCCACCUAAGCAUAUCCUCGAGUCGGCUGACGAAGAGGUGGAAUUGGUUCUUGCGAACAUUAAGAAAUAA